CGAUACUGGGAUGCAUCACGCCUGGCUUUUCUUAUUUCUCCGCCUCCUCUCCUUCCGUCUGUCCGCCUGCCUAUUCGCUUGACCAGCUGACAGUCAGCUGCUCAAGCCGCUACCAAGGCCAGUCGUCGCCCGCCUUCCCGGUUUCGUUUUUACGCGGAAGCCGCCACCGGUACUUCUGACGUCGAGAUGAAGUGCGGAGGAACCACCGAGGCCCAAGCAGCCACAGCAGAAACGCAACAAAUUGUGCAGGAGGUGAAACCACAAGUGGAAGAAAAAGAAGGCAGAAGCUUUGAAGUCUUCAAUGCAGUUGAAUUUAAGACACAGAUAGUUGCUGGAAUAAAUUACUUCAUCAAGGUCCAUGUUGGCAAUGAUGAGUUCCUUCACAUCCGAGUGUUCAAAAGCCUCCCUCAUGAAAACAAGCCGCUCGCACUCAACAGCUACCAAAGCCAGAAAGGAAAGCAUGAUGAACUGGCUUAUUUUUAGAGGGUUUUACUGAAGGCUUUUCCCCCCGUACAUUUUUUUUUAAUCAGCAUUUAUUAUGCCAAAUGCAAAUAAAUCUUUUCUGUAGUUCUAAUUCUUUUUAGUAGUAUGAUAUUGCAAGUCAGCAGUGAUGUUGCCAUGCCUUGAUCAUGUUAAUUUCUGUGAUGCAAGUAUUCAGGUGUUACUUGUGUGUAGGCCAUAAGCAUGUAGAUUGUGGCGUGGAGCUGUGCUUUUAGCCUCACCCUGUAUCUCUCUCACACACACGCAUAUCCAUGCUGGGUGAGUACAAAGCCCAAUGCAUGAGCAGGACACUGGAAUAAUCAGGCUUUCCAAUUGUGGGGAACCUCUGCUCACAAGCAGCAGCUCACACAUUGGGCUUUUUGAUCACACAGCCACACACACGUGGUUACUAAAAAAAAGUCCUGAUUUUCUCUCUCUGCCGCUUAUGCCUGACAUGCAAGUAAUGCCUGAAUAGGGCUACAUGCUCAUUAUACGCACAAUAAUUAAUCUGGUGUGCAUUUAUUUUUGUAUACUGCUUCACUGACUCCUUCCAUCAAUAAAACAAUUUGCAGGCUUUUAAAAAACA